GAAGAGACACUUGGCGGAACGAUCAUGAUCGUGCGUGCGAUAACGACGUCGACAGCGGCGGCCGAGCGCCGAACAAGGCUCCUUAAAGAGGCCGUCCGAGUCCAAAUGAUCAGCCUGGCCAUGAGUCGCGGGUUGACUUCGGUGGAAGCAGCGAGUCAUGUCGACGGAACCAUGAUGAGCACACGGGAACAACAGCGAGUGUCCGCGUCCUUGGUCGACGCACCCGAGUCGGAGGAGAACCAAGCACCACCAUCAUCCAACCUGAUCAGGGAAAUAGUUGGCACAGAUGAUGUUAUCGAUUCCACGGCCGUGGCGUGUCGACCGCGAAGCUCGGCUGAGUCCGUGGAACUCUCGUCGAAGCCCAGCCAUCCUCCGAACCCACACCAACCCGAGGGCCUUGACGGGGAUGCGUCUGCCUUACAGUACACUGACCAAGCUGCACAGGAGUUGAUGCACCAGGAACUGAGUGCCUUGACAGCGACCGAGCUGCGAAAGAUUGUGCAGAAUCAUUCUGCCCACCACUCCGACGCCGUCGACUCACGGCUUGAGCGCGACAGCGCAGCGGCGGUGGAAGUGAACGCGCUGGCCGACUCGAUGAGCCUCAACAACCAGCUGGAUGACGACAUGAUCCACCGCGUAAAACAUCUGUCGAUGUGCCAGCAGCAACAGCUGUCCGCCAUCGUCCAUAAGCAAUCGCUGCUCCACGUCACCACCCAAGUCCUCGACAUGGUGCACUACAUGGUGUUUAUCAGUGUGUUUGUGAUCGUGAGCAUGCACGGGCGCCACGACGACUCGCCGUACAAAAUGACAUUAAGUCUCAUGGAUCAACUCCAAGACAAGCCAUGGCCUUCCCGAGUUACGUCAGUCACCAAGACCUUUCGCGACAACGUCGACUGCAUCGACGAGCUGUACGACUAUUUGCUGGGUGGUUUCUACGACGUCGUGUACUCUGGGGGGUCUUUUGAUGGGGACAACCAAUUUCCAUCGGGCAACACGUACAGCUCCAGGGGAGUCCUGGGGGGGUACGGGGAAAUCUGGGGGCCCAUCCGCAUUGGCCAGGUGCGCGUUGUCGGCGUCGAGUGCACUGGCAUGCUGAUCGAGUCUUCGUUCUUGCGCAACGAAUCGACAAAGUGCUUUCCCGAAUACAGCGCCGCCACAGCCAGCCAAGACUCGUAUGGUCUGCACGGCGCCACGUACUCUUACGAUGCCGGCCCAGCGUCCAUCGAACCCUCGUUCAUCUCUCAUUCCGCCAGGGUGUACCCUGCCCCUUCCUUCAAUAUCUACUUACCCAACCACGAAAAUGCUCUGUGCAAUUUGGACACACUGGAGCACUGUGACGUGUACGACCAGUUAGCCGCCCUCAAACACUCCAAAUUUUUCGAUCGGGCAACUCGCGCCGUGUUCAUUGACAUGACUGUUUACAACAGAAAUGUGCGAGACGUAUCGCUGGUGCGGCUGUAUGUGGAAGCGUACCCUUCUGGGGGGAUGGAGCCCCGCGGACUGUUCCAAACCGAACGGUUAUACGCGUACAGUUCGUCCGAGGACGCUGUCAAACUCGUGGGCGAAGCGCUGGUGCUUGUGGCUGUCACGCACCAACUGUAUCGCAUGUAUAUGUACCCACCCCUCGUGCAGCACGCGUCCAACCACUUGCACGUGUUCAACUUGGGCUUGUUUUACGUAAUUGCCGUGUUCAAAGUACUGUCGUACCAAUCGUUGCCCGACAUAGCUACGAUUUCGGCGACAGAGUUUCUGAAUUUUCGACAAUCCGCCGAGUACUUUUGGAUUGCCGAAGCUGUGGCCAGCGUUGUGUGCCUCUUGGCAUGGAUCAAGCUGUUUUACUAUUUAUCAUUCGUGCCUAAGUUUGCCCAACUGAUGAAAACCAUCACGAAAGCGUCGAAAGAAAUGCUGGGGCUUAUGCUCAUCUUUAUGAUUUCCCUUGUCGGGUCCGCCAUGGCAUUUAAUAUGACUUUUGGCAUGCGGCUGUACAACUACCACACGUUUUGGCGCAGUUUUUUGACGUUGGUCCAAGUGAUCAUCAACAAGGUCGAAUUUGAAGACCUCGUGGAAACCAACCAAGUGCUCGGACCAGUCUUUUUCUGCGUAUUUGUCACGUUGAUGCUGUUUGUGAUUUUGAACAUGUUUAUCGUCAUCAUCACCGACGCAUACAUUGACGCCCAAAGGGAGCUCGAAGUGAUGCAAGACAUCCAGUUGAACGUGACGUCGGCCGAAAUACUCGACCACCUCCUGCACGAUGUGGUGCUCAAGCUACAGUGGGUUGGCCCGCAUGUUUUCCAGCCAUUGUACAAGAUGAGUGUUCGAGUGCACAAGGCGUACUACGCCCAAAGAAACGACACCACGAGCGACAAUAAAAUUGGUGUACAUGUCCACGAUGGCACGGUGGCAGCGGAGUUGGAGGCGCUGGUUCGAAUGAAACAUGGCGCGUUGCAUCAGACCAAGCCCAUACAACACCAACACGAGGUACUCAAUUGUGAGUAAGGAGAUUAUUAACUAGUAGUACUACCUAGUCGUUCAACGGGGUGGCGAUACCGGUUGAGUCGGAGGAAAGCACCCACGAUGAUGCGCAAGCAGACGACCGUCAAGCCAGUACAUUCGCAGUCAUUGCAACCGAGGCCGCUGACUACGUGGCCGCGGCGAAGCUAGUGCUAGCAACCCUUGACCCUGCCAUCGACCAAGCCAAAGUCCAAGCAUUCCAUGACCAUUUGGACACGUGGCUUGACUUCGCGCAGUAUAAAUAGCAACAUAAUAUACAGACACGACACAAAACCGA